AUGACUGACAAUCUAGAUGAGGAAAAUGCUACAACAUCCCAAGUUAAUACGGAAUCCAGUGUGAUAAAAAUAUUUCCUGAUGAUCCAUUUAGUAAUCAGGAAUAUCUACAGAGAAAACUUUAUUUCUUGCUGGAGCAUCUCAAAAAGAUGCACGGGAAUUUACCAGAACAAAUUCAAAUGAGAAUAUCUUAUGACCUGUUAGUUGGUUUAGCAAAUUCCUUGUUGAAUGACACAAUUUUUGAAAUUGUUAAGGGCCUGAUGGAAAUCCAACACGUUACUGAAGCGCAUCUGAUGCAAGUGCGGGAAAAAGUGGAAAACGAUCAUCAACUGGAAGUAAAACAAUGGGAAUCGAAAAUUCAAGAUCCUGAGGAGCUGGAACACAUCAUUGCGCUCAUGAAAAUAAAACAUGGGAAAAAUAUGAAGGAGACUGAUAUGACACUGGUGCUGCAUCUUGACCAAAAGGUAAAAGAUCAACAAUCUACAUUGGAAAAAGCAGGUGUUCCUGGAUUCUACGUGACUGAAAAUCCAAAGGACAUUAAAAUCCAGAUGUAUCUAUUAGAUUUUAUUCUUCGUCUAGGUAGACUCAAAUUUGAGUCAAAUAAAUAGUAUUUUGAAGAUUCCGUCGUAAAACAUCAGCUGUAAUGCUAUUUUUAAACUAAGCAAAAAUGUGUCUGGAACUAGGCUCAGUGUGCAUCACAUAUUUUAUUUUAUUUUAUUAUUUUAAGCUUUAUACAUUUAUAAGCAAUUGUCACAUGUAGAUUUUUAGGCAAUAUUUAUUGAUUGGCAAAAUCCCAUCAUAUUGUUAUUGUUAUUUAUUUAAGGACGGCCUGGUCGUAUUUAGAUUGCCAUUAUAUUACUUCCCCUUAAUUUAAUUGCAUUAUGAUAGGAUAUACAAAAUCUUUUAUAAUUGUUAACCAAUUCAUUCAUUCUUUU